AUGGAAACCAACGACAGAGCAGAAGCCGAUCGACUCCUUGCAAUCGCCGAUGGCCUCUUACGAUCCAACGAUCUCAAUGGGGCACGUGAUUUCUCACUUUUGGCUCAAGAAACGGAUCCCUUAAUUGAACGUUCGGACCAGAUCAUAGCCAUUGUGGAUGUCCUUACCGCCAGCAAUACACGAAUAAACAAUCAAAAUGAUUGGUAUGCAAUUCUACAACUCGAAAGUGGACGAAUAUAUGAUGACAUGGAUCUCAUUAAAUCAGAAUAUCGUCGCCUUGGGCUUCUUUUGCAUCCUGAAAAGAAUGAUUAUGCAUUUGCUGAUUCAGCAUUUAGACUCGUGUCAAAUGCAUGGGAUGUAUUAUCUGACCCAUCACGAAAAAUGGCUUUUGAUAAUAUAUUGCUAAAGAAUCAACAAAUUUCGUGUGAUAAGAAAAUGGCCCGUGAUAAUGAUUUGGCAAAGAAUGAGCAAAUUUCGCGUGAUAAGAUUCCAGUGAGGCGUGCGGAUGGGAAUAUAUGGACCGUGUGUCCGUACUGUUAUAAUUUAUACGAGUACCCUAAGGUGUAUGAUGGAUGUUGUUUAAGGUGUAUGAAUUGCGAAAAGGCGUUUCAAGUUGUCGUUAUACCUCCUGAUUCGUUGCCAUUGGCCGUGCCAGGUAAAGAAGAGUAUUAUUGUUGUUGGGGAAAUUUUCCUAUGGGGUUCGCAACGGCAAAUUCUGAAAUGGGUAAAGGCAAUGGCAUGAUGAAUUGGAUGUCGCUCUUGUUUCCAACGAAGGGAAGUGUUUGGCCGUCCCCCAAUUCAUUGGGGGGCGACAAUGCAAAACGUGGUGAUGGUUUCAUGUUUGGAACAUCACCACGUGUGCAGUCAGAGGCGCCAAAAGAAAGGAAACUGACGCCUCCAACUGCUGAAAACACCGUGUCUCAAAGAAGAGGUAGGCCCAAAAAAAAUCGCUUGCCAGAAAGGGGUGUUUGA